CUCCACCCACCUCCACCCACCUCCACCCUCUCCCCCUCCCGCGCUCCGUCCCUCUCUCCCAGGCUCUUGCUGACGAGCAUUUGUGACUUAAAAAACAACAUAGGUGAAUUGUGUCUCGUCGUUCAAGGGGAUUACAGAGUGCUACAGUCAUAUUUUACCAACACAAAAUUUGUCUUUAAUACUUUUUAAAAGGUUCCCCUUUUGGAGGCCCUGCUCCUGUGAUCUAUUUGGACCAGUUUCUCCAAGGGAAAGGUAAGACAGCCAAUUUUGGACAUGAUUUUCUUUAACUAUUAUGUGAUGCGACUGCAUUUGACUACAGUGACAGAUGAUUUAAAGGGAGAUCAAUAAUGCAAUACUGGUCUCUUGGAACCGUGGUGUCAGCGCAACGGGGAGUCGAAAAGCUGAGGUUUGAUUUUAGCGAUGCAGCACUUUGUACAUUAAACCCAUGUGCAUCUGUUUCAGGUUUCUGUCCGUUAGGGGUACACAGGUUUGGUUUUUUUGACGGUGCGUCUCGCUUGGAAAUCACUAAUGGACUUCUGCGCACGGUAGCUCUACAAGAAUCAAAAGCAUGCCGGUCCAAAAAUUUCAUAUCGUUUUAAGCAACAGAGAACAGUGUGAUAAUUUGCAGACAUAGGCGAAAUAAACUGGAGCAGUAAUUGGAGUAAAGUGUGACAUUUGGGAAGCAGCAAGGCGCGCGUAAAACGUGUCCAACUGUACUGAAAGCCAGACAACAAGUGUAACGCUAUUAAUAUGUGAACUCUUCGAUUAAUACCUUUCAGUCUAGUUUUGUGUUUUUGUUGCAACACAUGAUGGAGUGCCGGUGGUUGGUCUUCCUCUACUAUGUGCGUCAGUUGGAGACGCUGAGUUCUCUCCAUGAGUUUCCAGUCUGCGCGCAGUAGCACUUGAUCUCGGCAGAGGCGGACGAAAGGAAGAUGGCCAUCCACGCCGAGGGUCUCGUGGCUAUUGUGCUUUUCUAUGUUUUGAUUCUGUUCGUGGGGAUCUGGGCUGCGUGGAAGAAUAAGAACUCUGGAGUUGGCGAUGGAGGAGACCGGAGCGAGAGUAUCAUGGUCGGAGGAAGGGACAUAGGACUGUUCGUUGGUGGAUUCACAAUGACAGCCACCUGGGUGGGUGGGGGCUACAUAAAUGGGACUGCAGAAUAUGUCUACCUGCCGGACUACGGUCUCGCCUGGGCGCAGGCACCUUUUGGUUACGCUCUCAGCCUGGUAGUAGGUGGCCUUUUCUUUGCUAAACCCAUGCGGUCACGUGGAUACGUCACCAUGCUGGAUCCCUUCCAGCAUCUGUAUGGAAAAAGAAUGGGCGGGCUGCUCUUCAUCCCAGCACUUAUGGGAGAAAUCUUCUGGUCUGCAGCCAUUUUGUCUGCCUUGGGUGCCACUCUGAGUGUGAUCGUGGACAUAAACAUCAACAUGUCAGUGGUGAUCUCAGCACUGAUAGCGAUCUUCUACACCCUUGUUGGAGGACUUUACUCUGUCGCAUACACAGAUGUGGUUCAACUCUUCUGUAUCUUUCUGGGCUUGUGGAUCAGUGUGCCUUUUGCGCUGUCCAAUCCUGCUGUGUCAGACAUCAGUGUUUCAGCCAAGGAAGCAAUCUAUCAGUCUCCCUGGCUGGGGAAGAUUGAGCCUAAAGACAAAUGGCUCUGGGCAGACAACUUCUUUUUGCUGAUGUUGGGGGGGAUUCCCUGGCAGGUCUAUUUUCAACGGGUUCUUUCUGCCUCUUCAGCUACCUACGCUCAGGUCCUUUCCUUCCUUGCCGCCUUUGGUUGCUUGGUCAUGGCCGUCCCCUCGGUCCUCAUAGGAGCUAUAGGGGCUUCCACUGACUGGAACCAAACCACUUAUGGUUCCCUUCCUCCGAAGGAUAAGGAUGAAUCAGACAUGAUCCUUCCCAUAGUGCUCCAGCACCUCUGCCCUCCCUACGUCUCCUUCUUCGGUCUGGGUGCAGUGUCGGCUGCGGUCAUGUCUUCAGCAGACUCAUCCAUACUCUCAGCCAGCUCCAUGUUUGCCAGGAACAUCUAUCAGCUCGCCUUUCGCCAGUCGGCCUCAGAUGCUGAGAUUGUUUGGGUGAUGCGCCUCACCAUCUUUGUAUUUGGAGCUCUGGCUACUGCUAUGGCAUUGUUAACAGGAUCAGUAUACGGCCUGUGGUACCUGAGCUCUGACUUGGUCUACGUUAUCAUUUUCCCCCAACUUCUCAGUGUGUUGUUCAUCAAGGGCACCAAUACUUAUGGCUCUGUGGCUGGUUACAUCUUUGGUCUUUUGCUGCGCGUUGGUGGAGGGGAGCCCUACCUCAAACUCCCUCCAUUCAUCUAUUACCCAGGCUGGGUGACCCAAGAGAAGAUCCACCACCUCACUGGAGAUGUAGAAUACUUUGUCCAGCAGAGGUUCCCUUUCAAAUCUAUGUCCAUGGUGGCAUCCUUCCUGGCAAAUGUGGCCUUUUCUUAUCUGACAAAGUACCUAUUUGAAAGCGGGAUGCUGUCACACAAGUAUGACUUCCUGGAUGCUGUGGUGUCCAGGCAUAGCAAGGAGAUCAUGGACAAGACUACACUGGUAAGCAACCAUGAUAACAUAAUUCUUUCAGAGAUGGCUCCCGUCAGGCAGACCCUGGGACUUGCUGGGACCUUCAUCAAUACCGAGGCCCUCAGUGAUGACGGGGCAUCUAGUCCAGAGGCUUUUCAUGCUGACAACUAGUCAACAAAGGCACAAAGAAAACUAGAACCAAGGAAUGUGAAGAAGAAGGAACAGCCAAAGAGGUGUCAACAUUCUUCAGGAAACUUGCCACUGCCACACUGGGAGCCAAAUCAACUGAAAUCUGCUGUGGCUCUCAAGUGACUCCACAAGUUUGUUUUAGGAUGGUGAGGAGGGGCUUCCUUCUUUUUUGAGAUUCCUUGUUGAGAAACGGGAGACAAACUGAAUCUUAAUCAUCUGUGCAAAGCGUAUCAUACUUGUGUUUUUUAUCAUGACUCCGUGAAUCUACAACCACUACAACCAUUUUAAUUUAAGUGCUGCUUCAGCGAUCGGAGGAAAUGGACAUACAGUGGGCCUAUAUGGGAAAGUCUACACGGAUCGGUUGUGGGUCAUGAGAACAGUGCAAUAUCAAACCAAGGAACUGUGUACUGUCUACAAAGCCUAUUUUUCAUACUUUGAGUUUUAAAUUUGCAUAGAGUAAAUUUAUUAAUAGAGCAAUAAUAUUUUUAGGAUCUACGUUGUACAGAUAAGUACAUUAUAAUGAAUUUGCAGGUUACAGUCUUUGGUUUCACUUGAAGAAAAGCAGAUUUUUGCAUUCUCAAUUUUGUGUGUUCACCUUGCUCUUAAUCUUCCUGAUGUAAUCACUAAUUCCAGACACAAUAGGUGUUAAAUUGAACACUACACACCUCCACCAUGAUAUUACCAAAACCCCUGACUUGCCAAACAGAGGGAAACCCCUGAUAAUUGAUAUUGGAUUAUUAAACAAAAUCCCACACUGAAUUCAGUAACAAGAUUUUUGAAACAUUCACUGCCAACAUUUAUCAGAUUAAUUAUUCCUACCCUAUUCACAAAUUGCAACUCCAAUGUGGUUGUUGUAUAAUCAAGAUAAAACCAAACAAAACUGAUUCUUGGGCUCCAUGUUGGCAACACAACAAGCUAAAAACACAAAAAUGAGGACAGUAUGGCAAACGUGGGUAAAAUAAAAAGGUUAUGUAAACACUGAGCAGAUAUGGAGCAACGUUUGCAUUCAUUUGAAAUGUGCAUCCAUCUGAUUACAAUAAGUCCAAUUUGCAAUUUCUUUUAGCACUCUUUUGGCAUCCACCAGUUCCUGGGGGAAGUAUCCUGUUCUUUUGCAACUAAAUGCUCAUACUUAAGAUGUCAUGAAUUUUGGCAGGUAGUGUACAGUACAUUUAUCAAGGGUUUCCAGUCCUCAUUCAUGAAAGUUGCUGAGAUAGUUGUGGUGAGAGAGUAAAGUUAUCAGAAAACCAAAACAGUGAACUGAAAGACACUAAGGGUACGUUCAUGCUUCUGUGUCUGUUCUCUUGGUUCAGAACAAAGCAGAAAUUGUACUAUUAAUUUCUGGUUUCCUUACUGUUCAAACUAGUAUUUUAAGCAUUGAACUAAAAAAUACAAAACAAAAGACAUAUGGACUAAAUGUGCUUGCUGGAUUUCAGUAUAUAAGGUUGUAUUUUUACCAGCUGAAAACUCAGAAAAGAGCUGUUAAAAUGUACAAAGGAACUGACACAGUGCCAAGAAUUCCUCGGUGGUUCUGCCGCUUGUACCAAAUUGUAAUGGUAAGAUAGUACCAUUGACAAGAAGAACCAGUUUUGCUUGAGUAUUCAGUUCUUUCUGGGUUCAUUUUGACAUCCUUGGUCCAUGAUACAGUCAUAGUUCAGUGAAAGUAACUGACGGAGUUGUUCAGGGGAUUUUGGUCCAUAUGAUUGGUGUGUACCAAGGUUCAGCUGGCAGCAUUCAUACUUGUUUAAAUAAACCCCAUUAACAAAGCAAGAGUUCAAACCUGAGUGUGAACGCACCCUAAGUCUCUUUGUAGAGCAGGAGGGAGCUGCAGAGUUGGGUGCUAAUUAUCUGUAGUCAUUGGUCAUUUAAUCAAAUGUUUGAUACAAAAAUCGAUCCGUGUAUCUUAAGGAAAAGGUAUUGGUUAAACAUAUUGUGCUAUCAUAAGCUUCAAACUUUUACCACUAUAGGUUUACACUGAAUGAAGUAUACGUACUGCAGAACUGUCUUGAAUGAAUGAAAUCACACAAGAGCUUCAAUUUUUACGAAACACCACCCUGAUGUAGUGAAAUUUAAAUAUCCAAUAUAAAACAUACCAUAGAUUUUCUUAGACUUUCAAAAGUUUAUUCUUUUUGUUUGUUUGUUUGUUUUUCUGUGUACCUUCCAGGCAGCCAUUUGCUUCCAUUCAUUUCCAUACAAUAUGGAUGUCAAUUUGCAAUCUUUGUUUCUGUCAAACUCAAGGUGGUAAAAUAUCUUUAGGUUACUGCACAUUUACAACUGCAUUACAACUUCAUUACACUGACAACAAUAAAAGCACACAUGGCUUUCGUUUUGCAAGCAGAUUUCACAAAUCAAUGGAAACCAAUGGCUGCCUGGAAUACAUAGGAACUAUGAAAAGUCUAAAAUAUAGAAAAUGACAGGAAGCUUUGAAAGUGAUCAGUGCAGAACAGGGUACUUCACUGAUAUUGUGGUCUUUUAGCAUGAUCUGACAGAAGCUAAUUUGAAAUAUGUGUGUAUGUGGGGGUAUGUGUGUGUCUAUGACAGUUUGUUUGCUCAUCCUAAAGCUGUAUUGACUGGCCAGCCACAGCAGGUUAGCGGAGACAGGAAAUGAUUGUUCCUCCCAGGAUGGUGUUAGUAGCACCGGCCAUUAUCGAUCCAGUCCCCAGUCGAUUAGCCCUCAGGACAUUUGAUUAAUGCCGCACAGAGUUUCCAAAAGAUGGUUUAUAAGGGUUUGUUACAGUGUGUUAUACACAGAGAUGAAAGUUGAAUUGUUGUUACUGACUGAGCACCAUCAUACAUUUUCCAACAUUAGUUCUUAGACUGUCACACAUCUGGGUGUGUAAACUACCAGACACACUGCUGCCCUGCAUUAGGAAAAUCAAAUAAAUGAGUUGUCACUUUAUACUGUGAUUUUUGGCAUUGUUAAGUGUUACUAUUGUCCAGUUGACUUCAUCGUGUUUAUCUCUCCUCAGCACUGUUGUGGUUUGUUGGUGUCUUUUUUAAUCUAUGGACUUGCCUUAAAUCAAAUGUCAGUGGUGGAAAAACGAGCAGGUUACGAACACAGUUGCAAGAGUGACAAAUAUUUUUUUGCUGUUAGAUAAGGCUGGUAAUAUUUUGGAUUCCAUUUAUUGUCAACAAUUAUUACCAGUUAAGACCAAAACUAAAAAUGUUUUAGUCUGUCUCGGUAUUCUAAGACUUCUAUGCCCCAUCAACUGUGAACACGUUUGAUAUAUUCCUGAAGAUUUAAAUCUCGCAAAGGUCAUUAGAGCAUGUAGUCUCAUUUUCAGUUUCAGCAAAAUGUUAUGAGUAAAUGGUGCAUUUGUUAUGGCCUUUUUCUUUCUGCUGAUUAAUACACAUGUUGAGAAUUCACUGCAGUGGAAUGACAUUCGUGGCCUCAACACAAACUAAACCAUAGUGUCGACGUUCCUUGUCCAAAAAAUGAGAAUGUCAUGAAAUGGACCUAUCUUUGUAUGUUUGCUCUUCUCUGUGGCUUCGGAGAGACUUGUUAUAGGAUCUUGUCAUUGAUGAUUUUGGUCUUUUCUUGGGAUUUGGUAAUGAUAUGAAAAAUCUAGAAUAAAACCAACCUAAAUCCUUAAAGGAAGCAGCAUGGCCUUGUAGUUAGUGUAGCCCAGAGCUAGAGAGUGAAGGGGAUUUGAUUUAUGUAGCCAUAUCUGCUAGGUACUGUAAGACACUAAAUCCUGACCUGACCCUACCCCGUUGUGGGAUGGAUGAUGUACCACCAAUAUUACUUCAGCUUCACACAGAACGGACUGACUGCUGGUCUGAUAAUAUGCAAAGUGUUAGGCAACCUCACUGGAGUUAAAUGUGAAUGUAAACGUUCCUCCUUGUUACAGUAGCUGAGUGUGUCAUAGCCUAGGUUCAUCCACUGACCUGAACACACACACAGAAAAGAAUCAGUGUCGGCUGUUGGACUGACACAUUUGUGGCUCUAUGUCGUAAAUAACAAUGAUGCUGUAUUUUUGUGUGAUAAAUGUAUAUACCAAAAAACAAAAGCAUAGGAACAAAUUAGUCUACUUUUAAAUGCAGCAUUGGAAAUGAUGUUUGUUGACAGUGAAAUCACAGCUAUUUAUUUAUUCAUGCAGUGUCUAUAAGAGUAUAGUUGUAAACAUGUGAGGUGAGUUGAAUAAAUUAUAUUAAUUUA